CACAUUUUCUUUCUUUAAUCUUUAUUUUUUAUGUCUCUCAGGACGUCAGAAAAUGGUGUCAAUAUACUAGUCCGAAUUAAGAAUCAAUCUCCCCAAAGAUAUGGGAGAGAUAUCAUCCAAUGAAAUGCCCAAGAAAAGAGCCGUUGACUUGUACUAGUCUUGUCCCCAAACAACAACCAUUACUCACCAUUAAUUAUCUCUCUCUCUCUCUCUCCAUAUACAUAUAUAUAUAUAUAUAUACACGAUAAAGUGCAGGAGGGCAAUGCCGACUCCAUGAAAAUGAUUUUCAUAAUGUCUGCUGCUCAACUCCAUCUCUCCACUGUCGUCCCCUUCAUCAUCUACACUUACCUCUGCGUCCCAUUCCUCCGACUGCUCUCCGCCAUUGGCAGGAUCCUCGCAUUCCUACUGAACCCCCACGAUAGCGGCGGCGGCGGAGGAGACCCGGCUCCGGUGGAGCUGGAUCUUCUGGUGUCGACUUUCCAGGACCUGGAGUUGGAACUGGUCUCAGAGUUGAGAGAAGACGACGACAACGGCGAUAACGACGAGGAGCAAAUUUGCUCGAUUUGUUUGGCGGAGUUCGAGAGGGCUGAUAUGGUGAGCAAACUCCCCAGAUGUGGGCAUGUAUUCCACACCGAAUGUAUCGAAAAAUGGCUCGACAGAUGCCACUUCACCUGCCCCCUUUGCAGGUCUCUUCUCCUGCACCAUGUCGACCCUGCACCCUCCAAAACAUGGUGCAACCACCACCAUGGCUAGCCUAGGCUCUGCUUGUUGUUCUUGAAAUCAGUAUCUGUACAUAUCAAUUACUUACUAUAUGAUCCUUAAAUCAGCUUUGGUCGAAUUGUAUCCUCUAUUUCUUAAGGUUCAUUUUUGACUCCUAAUCUGAAACAUUACACAAUUUCCCCCUCACUGCACAAGGAAGAAUCCAACAUAGCUUCCCCCAUGGAAACACAUCUACAAAAGAUUUUAUAUCUUAAAGAAAGUGAAUGCAUCAGACUGUGUCCGGUGAAGACAGCAUCAUUGUCUGGACCUGGUCUGGUCUGGUCCGUUCAUUCACUAACAGCAAAAGAAGAAUUUGAAAGAUUUUUCGAGCACUCUUAACGCCAUUAUGCUGGGAGGAAGAGGUUCUAUUUAGACAACUCUGAUUUUUUUUUCUGCUGUGUAUUUGGAGCUCACUACAAAAAUAUAAUAACCAUCCAGUACGGACCAACAUGAGCAUCUAAUCUCAGGUGACAGCCACGACCAAAUCAGGCAAACAAUUUAUUCUUCUUUAGAAACACCAAGUUCCAUGUGCCUUCGGAUCUAUUUUUAUGCAGACAGUGAUCCUGAUUUAUCUCGUGAGCUACAGUGUAACAACACCUUUGU